AGUUCCCUGUUUCUUAAGAACAUUGUGGUGGAUCAGCACCCAGUCAGGACAGCAGGAUAACAACACAUCUGAUCAUUAUUCCAAGAACUGGAAUUAAAAAGGGAAAUAACACAUGCAACGAUUGGGAUUAACAUUUGGAUAUUCUACCAUACCGCGGAAGGGAUAGACGCAAAUCCGGAUUCCAUAACUGUGUCUUCUUAUGAGGAAAAUACCUGAGGACUGGAGUCGUCCUGGCUAACAUGCAGCGUUAGUGUUUAAAUUUGCACCAAACCUAAACAGUGGGAUCUAACCAGCCGGAUUUUGUACGAUCUUGAACCACCUCUACAACUUGAAUAUCCAUCUUAUUCGCAUGCAGCUGAAGUCAUGCUGGCUUCUCAUCUUGCAGCAAUAACUAGUAGCUAGCCAGCUACCUCCAAAAGAUCGACUUGUUGGCGCAGCUGAAAGCCGAACCCACGGCGCAUUCGGUCGGCCUCAGCAUCUACGCCAUGCCGCGGGCUGAAAAUGGGCCUUCGGUAGGGCUCAAUUCAGGAAGCUAACGCUAGCUCGAUAUAGCAGGCCGUCUCAGAUGGUCGUUAUCAUUCCCAAGCCAACUAAUCACUCAAACCACAACAUAGAAGCUUCAGAGCUCUCUCAGUUUUUAUCUAUUUGUGAAAAAAUGUCAUUUUAAAGGCCCAACGGCUGACAUAGCUGGGUAAUCUGCUAAUUAGCCACCUAGCUUCUUUUGCGAACCCAACGGCAGGUUAGCGUUUGGGUUUGCUGUUGUUUACAAUCAUAACAGUAAUAAUAGUUACUAUCACUUCUUUUUGUAGCACUUUUCUCAGCAAGGGUACAGAGUGCUAUACUGAAAACACCUAACCAUGUGAGAAAAGCUAACAAAAGUAGCAAACAGAUGAAAAGAGCUAAUCAGUUAUGAAUUUUUAGAAAUAAGCCUCGAAUAAAACUUAAGAAACCGUGUAAAAAGUAACACCCACAGCUUUUAAUUUAGCCUGGAAGCAGUUUGGAGGACUACAUUGCAACUGGGGUUUCCAAAUUGGUGUAUUAUUUGUUUAGUAAUUGAAAUUAAUUCUCCACACACAUAAAAAGACAUCAAACGCUGUUAAAUCUCUGUAAGCACUCAUGCUAGCUUGUUAACCAAUCUAUGCAAGCAUUUUACAGAAACAAGCGUCAUUAAAGAAGAUUGUUUGGGAUUAUUGGCACACUUAGGCAAAUCUGACUGUGUGUAUCUUGUGGUGAAGUAUUUAGCUGCUAGCUGUCACUAAGUAUUCAUUAUUAACGCUAUGCUGUUACUAUAAUAUCAGUCACACGUUGAAUCAGUUCCUUUGAAUGAUACUCAAAGACUUAGCUUUAUUCUGACACUAAAAUGUGUACAUAUCAGCCAUUCAUUUAUGAUUAAUGACCUUUGAGGAAGCAGACUGUCCUGUAUCCAUUUCCCACUCCCACCACUACAUCAAACCACUAACAGCCUCAGUGAUAGUAUUUAUAUACAACCACUAAUGUAACCGAGUGAAAAGGGAUACCGUGGGGAUUUGAGUGGUAGUUUUAGCAGCACUUUCUUUUAUAUGAGAACAUGAGGAGCAAUGUGUCCCAACUGAGCCAGCUUCAAAGUAGCUUGAAGAUCUGAUCAAAGCACAAGAGAGAUCCCCACUGUGUGGACUGAAAACUGCAGAGGAUAAAAACAAAGAUGAUGAUGAUGAUGACAGCGACGGGGAUGGUGAUAAAAGAGGCGCAGUGACAGCGUUGAUCCCGCACCAGGAAGCAGAGGAGAGUCACAAGGCUGUAGACAUGAGUCUCCGCCAGCCCACCUCUACACUGGACAGGUACGAGCCCCACAUCCACUUACACUCAGACUAUUUCUCAACACCUCGCUCAGAAAUGUAGAGCUCCUAGAUCAGCAUAUCAGCAUGCCAGUUGACAGACUUGUCAGACCAGCUGUUUACUGAGAACAGAUAAAACACGCCUCUGGGACAGGGAAGAGGAGGGCAAAAUUCUGUACAUGACAGUGGUAAAAGUCCCAAACUUUGAAUUAUUAACAACAGAUUUGCUAAAUCUUUGAGUCAGGGGUGCGAGAAAAAGAUUGAAAUUAUCAUGCCUGUUAUCGCUUCUAUUUCAAGCCCAACUUUAUCGUAAAAUCUACAUAUUAAAGUCACAUCCUUUUGCAUAUUCUCUUCACAGUUUGUCUAAACUAUCUUGUUCUGUCUUAAGUCUCUUGUUGUGACACUCCCCCUGCUGUCUAACUCUGUGGUUCUUAAACGUAAUGCUUUAUAGUUGAUUUUGUUUGUUAUUGUGAGUCUUCCAUCACCACGCUCACUUUGUAGUCCUCCACUGCAUUUUUGUGAUCGUCUCGUGGAUCCAUCUGUACCUUGAUCGUGUGUCUUUCCUGUUUCUCUUGCUGUCGACUUUUUUGUUCUUCCAGUGUGUGUUCUUGUGCACCUGCUUAUCAUUGUGUCUGUGUGUGUCAUGUGACAGCAGGGCAUCUGAUAAGGUAGGACAGCAGUGAGAGUUUAUGCAAGGGUUUGGGGUCAGUGACACCUUUAGAUCCCACAGAUCCUUGUUGUGUCUACUGUCACACUGUCUCGUUAGUGUUUUACCAUUGUUAUUCUCUAAUGAGGAUAUGCUCGCUCACAGCGUAUGCAAAAAAGGGAGAGAAGAAGAAGAUAAGGAAACUAUGUCCAAAGUUUCAGAGUGAAAAAAUACAGGGCCUGGUUAGCAGAGGAUUGAUACCUACCUGCUGUUUGAACAAGUUUCACCAAUCAUUGAACCCGUGGAAUAGCACCCAAUCACCUCUGUGUUUACAAUGGGUCCUUUCAUCACACACCCUUAAAUAAAUAUGCUCAUUGAAGUCAAGGCUGCUCUCAGCGUUCACAAUCACUAUGAGUCAAAAGAGCCUGGGGAUGAAUUGAACUCUCUCUCUUUCUCUGUGUCCUUUCUUCUUUAAGACCGGUCUUCACUGUGAUUUCUUGUCUCUCUUUUCUCUGCCCCCUCUUUCCCCUUUUUAUCUGCUUUUUCUUUCUCUUCUAUCAUGCUUCGCUUUCAGCCCCUUUGCUGCUUGGUGAGUUUUCCUCUCCUCUGCUUUCUUGUUGCUUCUCGUGCAUCAGAUUUGGGAUCAUGCACCUCCCUGAACUCUUUUCCUCCAUGUCCGUCACUCUUCUUUUUCCCCCUCUGCAUCAAUCAUUCUCCCUCUUUUUACACAUUUCCUUCUCAUCCCCUUUUCCCCAGCCAUCUUAAAGUUUUUAUUUAUUAAUCUUAUCAGGUGUUAUUUAAUGUAAAAGCUCUUUUCCUCUCAAUUCUUGAACUCAGGCUCAGCAGUCUGACCAUCGGGGACUCAGAGCGCAAAUCCUCUGCUGCCCAGCAGAGGGAGCCAUCACUUGACUUCCCUGUUGAGAGUACGGGUAAACGCACCGGUUCAUUUUUCAAAUUCACCUUCAGUUUCUUCACCUCCUUUAAAUCCACACCUUCAAAAACACACUAUUAUACAUUUUCCCUUCCCUCCUCAGGUCCUGGUCUUGUGCAGAGAUGUGUGGUGGUCCAGAAGGACCAGCUCGGCUUCGGCUUCACAGUGUGUGGAGAGAGAGUGAAGCUCGUGCAGAAUGUCCGAUCGGGUAAGACGUUUCAUGUACGGAUGCUCCGACAAACUGCGAAUCUCUUUUCCCUCUACAUGAGCUUCAACGUGUGCAUUUGUCGUUGUUUGUAGGGGGUGCUGCGGUGAAGGCAGGGGUCCAAGAAGGGGACCGAAUCAUAAAGGUUUUUACCAUUUACAUAAGAAAUACUUAAUAUGAGGUAUAGUCUUUUUAUUUGAUCCUUCGCUGACUUCCUCGUGUUCUUUUCUCUCAGGUGAAUGGCUCACUUGUGUCCUCCAUGUCCCAUCAGGAGGUGGUGAAGCUCAUCAAAUGUAAGCUUUAAAAAAAAAACUGAUUAUUUUGUCUGUUUUACUCGUUUAUUCGUUCACUUGUGAAGCUCAUCUGACUUUCUCCUCUUAGCUGGAACGUACGUCGCCUUGACACUACAAGGUCCGCCCCCGUCUGCCACUUCCUUACCCUUGGAGCCCCUCCCCACUGACCUCACGCCCAAUCAAAGAACGUCUCUUGGCGGGGAGGCGCCACCUCCUCCACCUCCACCUUUGCCCUCAGGACUGGGCAGCACUCCCUCCCAGAGAAUCACAGGACCCAAACCACUACAGGUGUGUUCAGAAAUCAUAUUUGAUGGUGAAGUUUAAGCGCCUUUGAAAAGUUUUGUUUAGUGUUGCUGAUUUGACUGACAUGCGUUUGUUUUUCAGGACCCAGAGGUACAGAAACAUGCAAGUCAGAUACUCAGGAAAAUGCUGGAGCAGGAAGAAGCUGAACUGCAGGUACAAGGAUCCAUAAUUUCCUCUAAAUGAACUCCUGCUUCAAACUCCCGUCUGCAUAUUUAGUUUCAGGGAAGUUUAAAAGCUUUUUGAUCAAGACGUGGAUGAUUUUCAGGACUUGCUGGAGGAGCAGUUGAGGAACCCGUCUCCAUCUCUGGAGGAGCGGAUUGAAAGUGCCAAGAGGAGAGCCAACCAAGUCAGAGUCAAGAUUCAGCAAGAUCUGGUGAGGAGAACAAAAAAAAAACAGUGUUUAGUUCGACUCUUUUUUUUACUGUCAUGUAUAAUUAACGUUUAUAUCUGAUAUAAAGUCAUGCUGUGAUUUCCGCUCACAGGAGGGAACACGAUCAGAAUCCAGGACGAGCUAUGUCAUUGCAGGAGAAGGUUUGUGACUCAGCUCAAAAAGAUGAAAAAGUCCAAAAAAAAGUUCAUUUUUUCCUGUGAUUGAAUCCAAAACGUGGUUAAAAUGUCCUCUGUGCUCCGACAGGUCGACUAUCGAUGGAUUCAAGUGAAGGAGACGUGGAGGUGAGCCUCAUUUGUCUUUUCUUACAACCAGUGAGACUGUAUGCAUGUGUUUCUGUAUGUAAUGGUCCCACUCAUCCCACCCCCCUUACCCCACUCGUCCACCCUCCUCCUCCCCAGGCCUUUGAGAGUCCCUACUCCUCCCCCUCAUCCUCCUUCAGGAUCCCCCAACACAGGCGGCAGGGCUCUGGCACACACAUCCUGUCUGAGUUGGUGAGACUGGCGCACGCAUUUGCAUUCACGUUCAAAGAGUUUGAAAAUCACAGCCCUCUGUCUCCUGCCCGACACAAAAGCACUCUCUCAUAUUUACCAUCAUAUUCAUCCAUUUAUUAUAAUUAUUAUAACCUUUAUUUAACCAGGUUUGUCCCAUUGAGAUCCAAAUACAGUUUCAAACAUAAUCACAUUAAUCAUAUAGAAUACAAAGAAUACAAAGAAUGAUUGAAUUUUCAAAAUUAGUCAAGAGAAUUUACAGGAUUAGUCAAACAUUUGCACUCCUGAAUCCUGGAUGUCAUAGAAUUUAUCAUGGAUUUAAACACAUUCAGAGGUACUUUGGAGUUUCAGGUCUGAUUGCAAGAUGUUCCAUGAACUCAGAGCAGAAAAUCUCAAAUCUUUCUUCCCCAUUUCUGUUCCGACCUGAUCCAAACGGUAAAAGCAGCAGUAUCACCUCAGUUCAGAAAAGUUAAGUUUGCAAACCAUUGAAAUUUAUAUUAAUUUGACACUGAUGAAAAAAACAGCAAAUCGAAGGUUUAGACUUGAAAAAUUAUUUAAAAAAAAAUACUUAAAAUUGAAUGUCAAAAGCAACAAAACACUGAAAAUACACAAACAUUUUUUUGGAGGAUCAUCUCCAAACACCACAGCUAUUCCAGAAUUAUGUCCCUCUGUGUCCCUCGUAUAUAAUGUCACUAAAAUCUGAACAAAAGGGACCCUAAACCAAUCCAACAAUUGAAGAUGGACUGAAAACUGCAAAUUCUGUGUCUUAUUUAGGUCCAGUUUGACUCACAUUACCUACUUCAUGUGUGUGUACGCUCUUGUAUCAAUGAGUGUGCGUCUAUGUGAUAUCACUCUGAUCUCAUCAUCAUGUGAAAGUGUUUCCCCUGCAGUAACUCAGAGUCGCUCAACAGAGCAGAAGACAAUGUAAAAAAACAAGGAUUUCUAAUUCAAUGACAGUAGAUGGCGCUGUCUUGUGAAUGUAAUUUAAUGUACGGGCUCAUUUGAGAAGUGUGCUAAAGCGUAGUCACUCACAGCUGGAGUGGGAGAGAUUCAGCAGAUGGGAAAUGUAUGUUUAUGUGAAAACACGGAUGGGCAUGAAAGAGAGUGUUGCAGUUUAAAGGUUAUCGCUCGUGUUUGUAGAAGAAUGAAAACUGCAGGUGGUUUCGAAGCCUGUUCCUGCGCUCUAGUGUGUUUUUCAUCUCCUUAAACCUGUGUGUGUUUGUCUGCAGGGCGGGAGGACGAUCAUCGGCCCUGAGGAGGAGGAUGAAGAAGAUGACGGCUAUGCAGUCAAUGAGGUGACACAGAUGAUUGGUUAACUUUCCCGUUUUUUGUCCUUUGACUUCCACCAGGUUUUGUUGAAAUUACUUCAUUCUCCUCUUUUUCCUCUCAGAUGGACGGUCCGUUUCAGGACAUCGAGCUGCUAAAGUCUCGACCGGCACACAUGACGGUGUUCAUGAGAUACAUUUUCACACAGCUUCUGGACCCCAACCCCCUGGUGAGUCCGCAUUUGGUGCAAAACGCCAACGCCCUGUGCUAACUCUGAAUCCAGAGUGAGAUAACCUGAUCUUUCACUCUGAUGAUAGUCUCUAGUUUCAGAAUGUGCUUUGUGUGUAACCUUGAUUGUGUUUGCCUGGAUCAUGAUCACCUCUGUCUAUGGUAGCUGUUUUACCUGUCGGUGGAGGCCUACCUGGGCUCCAGUCCGAAAGACGCGCGCACACUCGCACCCCAGAUCUGCUCCCAUUUCCUGGACCCUGAUGCUGUAUGUGCCAACACGUGAUUUCAUAUUAAUUUCUCCUCAUGUGAACACUAAUGAUUACACUUUUUUCUUUAAAUUCCAACUUAUUUUAAGCUAACGACUUAUUUGACCUGAUGUUGUGUAUUUUUUGUGGCGUGUUUUCAACAUUCAUGCAUUGUUGUGUUUUUCUUUUGCAUUCCUGUUCAGCCUCUAAAAAUCAAAGUACGAGAGGAGUAUCUCACUGACAUAGGUAAGAAAAUUUGCCCAAACAUGCACAGAUAUAUUAAGUGUACCCAGACUUUUAUUUUGAAAAGCUGUGACAUAAACACGGCUGUCACAAAGGGUCAAAAUUUCAGCACAUUCAUUACCGAACUUUAGUGAACCAAACCUCGAAAAGACACAGCCUGAUCCAUCUGAUCUUCCUUCACGAUCGACUAAAAAUAACCUCGUCUGUCUUUAGAAAGUCGACUUCACGCUCAGGAGGACAUCAGAGGGCCUCUGUCAGACCUGCAGCAGCAAGUGCUGCCUGACAUCCAGGACCAGAUCCAGGACUACAGGUUUGUUAGAGGAUUCACCAUCGCUGAUUUUUUCUAGAGUGCCGAUAUUGUUGAAGGUGGGGGAGGCAGGAUGUGAGGAAGUGCCAAUUUUUGGGAGAAAUCUUGAAUGUAAACACUACCCCUCGAGCUAACCAGUUUUACCCUCAGCUCCUUUCAAUUAAACUCAGAUAUAAUGCAGAUGAGUACCUCAGGUAAUUACUAAUGGAGCCCAGUCAACGUGAAAGUAAAAAGCAUUGGUGCUACUGUAGAUGCCAACAGACUACCAGCAAACACAGUGUUUGCAGGACUUCUACAACUAGGAUAAAGAGACAUAGUCCGGGACCCGAGGUCAACAGUUUAGCGGCGCUACAACACACAAGAAAUACUUCUGUUACAGACACUUGUCUUACUUUGUUGAAGCGGUUACAGGGUCUGUAAGAUCCCAAAGCGCCCUCUUGUCCGGUCUACCUCAGUUUUAAGCGUCCGUUAUUCCGCCAGAGUCUCCAGUCUUUACUUUGUUUUCUUGCUUGUGUCAGCUGUCGUGGCCAAAAGAGGAUUCAGACAAUUUUCUGUACUUUCUGGUUGGUUUCUACUGUCUGAUAUUGUAGCAUGCUAACUUUGUUUGGGCUCGUGAAUGUUAUUCAAGGAUAUGGAGCGUGCCUCACAACAAAUCAGGUCAGGGGGAGGUGGAGAAGGGUUAUUUUUUGUAUAUACACCUCAAAAAAGAUGCUUCUAUAACGAUUCCUGCCUACCCCUCCUUUAAGCUCAUUUAGCCAAUAGUUUUGUUCCUAUACACCUCACCUGUACAAGAAUUUACCUUUUCACUCUUAUUGUUGACGGGUAUCCAACAUUUGAUUAUUUUACACUUACAUACAGUGGAUUCACUUUUUUCACAGGAAUAAGCAGAUGAUGGGUCUGGGCUCUCUGUUCGGAGAAGGAGACCUUCAGCAGCUGGACGGGGACCCCAUGAAAGAGCGACAGGUGGUGGACAGACAGGUCACCGCUCUCUGGGAGAUACUGUGAGUCUGCAGCUUUGUCAUCAAGUCGUUUCAUGUGAAUCGGGGUCAUCUCCUGGUCGGGAUGACUCAUCUUUAUGCAAAAGCUUUGAAAUAAAAGACGAGUUUUUUUUUUUCAUCAAAAAUUCAUGAAAAUAUUUUUAAUCUUGCGCCAGAUUUUCCUCGAAACUGGAUGUUAACCCGCAUUUCAACUCAUGAAAAAUAAACUCGGCUUCCAAACUCGGCUCAGGUCCUGAAGUGAAUAUGAACACAUGCACACUAUGACUGUUAAAAAGGUUUCCAUAGCAACAUGGUCAGAUGUUUGGGGCCCAAUAAAACGGUUAUGACAAAGCGACAGAAGGAGCUCAUCCCAUAACAAAGGUCAUUCCCGCAGCAGCAAACCCUGAAACCACAUGACAUUUACUCCUCUGACUUUGCACACAUGCGGCUCCACUCCUGUCACAUGACUGCUGCGCUGCUCUGCGUUUACUUACUCCUGCGUUUUGAUCGAGACGGAUUCAACUUAAGAGUUAUCUGUGGAAGUCUGGUGUUUUGUUGCAGAAGGAGCUAACGGCGUUUUUCUGUCUAUGUUCCUCCAGAUCGAAGCAUGAAGAGGACCGAAGGUAAAGGGUUUGAUUGAACACACACACACACACACACACACACCUGUCUCAGUGAUUCGCUGUGUUUAUUUCCGACACCUCCUCUUUGUUUGUUCCUCCUCCUCCUCCACCAUGUUUGCCCUCUCUCUCUUUCUCUCUCUCUCUCUCUCUCUCUCUCUCUCUCUUCCUCGCUCCUCUCCAUCAGUUCUCCUCUGGCGUCGGCCGUGCUUCUCUACCUGCGGCACUCCGGCAUCAAGCUGAGAGACUCUAAGGUUUUUCCAGGUCUGAGCACCGAGAAGGAGAAGUGGCUGGCUUUCCUGAAGACCAAAAAGGUGAGAGCAGGGAGAGACGACAACCACAUGCUAGCGUAUUUAGAUUUAACUUCUGAAUGUGAUUUAUUUAAACAUGUUACAUCCUUUUGAGCAUGUUUUUUUUCCUGCUUGAAUAUUAAUAAUCAUGCGAAGAGUUGAUUCAUUUUGACUCCUUUGCUUGGGUUGCAUUAAAAGUAGUGUUUAGAUGUGAGAUGCUGCAGUGAUUCAGGGCUGAUCUAACUAUCCUCAUUUCAUUAAAAGUAAUUUGACUAAAUUAAGCGAAAUAAUCCAGUUAGACAGACAGAAAUGCUGGUUUUAAAGGGAUAUUCUGGCGUAAAAUUAGUUUGGGGUCAAACACACUGUAACACAGAGUUAGACACCUUGUCUGCUUGCUUCUCCUGCAGUAACGACUGCAGGACAGCAAAACAUUGUGGUCUGAGGAGUCAUAAACAAACCUCAACCAAAAUGCCACUCUAUAGCCACAAAUAAUGCUCAGAACAGCACCUAACUCUAUCAACAGUUCAUAUAGGGCCCCAGCCAUAGAACUAUCCACCAAACAUCUUUUUAACUUUGCCUGAUUUCUUUAGCAAAGAGACUAAAAACAACUCACCUACUCUCUUUCAGCAGCCGUUUGUUUGUAGCGUGACCUUGGGCCAGUCCAUUACGGACUACAGCGGGGUGCCGCAGCUGAAGGAAGAACAUUUAUGAUAAUUUCUUCAUGGAAUACAAUCAGACCGAGAUGCUAAGGAAGAAGAACUACUGUGUCUGCAGUGUAAAACAAUUAAUAUGGUGAUUAUUACUCCAAGGAAAUGAUAAAGAAAUGAUCAUAAAUGUUCUUCCUUGAGCUGCGACACCCCGCAGCAGCCCGUAAUGGACUGGCCUAGCCUGAGAAAUUUGGCGGCUAGUACUAUGGCUGGGACCCUAUAUGUCCUGUUGAUGAAGUUAGGUGCUGUUCUGAGCAUUAUUUGUGGCUAUAGAGUGGCUUUUUGGUUGAGGUUUGUUUAUGGCUCCUCAGACCGCUGUGUAUUGCUAUCGUAUGGUAGUUUCUGAAGUUGGUAUAACUAGAGAAGCAAGCAGUCGGCAACAUUCAUCUCUCAAUGGGGUGUCACUAAUUUUACGCCGUAAUAUCCCUUUAAAUUGAGUAAAUGUAGGUGAAGCAGAUGUCGAAUCAUAGGUCAUCGUUUUGAAGUCAAAAUAACUUCGAUCGUGAGUAUUUGGUUUCAUGGCUCCUCUCUCCACAGCUGAGCGGUAUCAAGAAGGAUAAAGAUGGAGAGGAUAAAAAGAGAAACCCCAUCCUGAAGUACAUCGGCAAACCCCGGACCACAUCCCAGUCCAGUAAAUAUGAACAAACACACACUCAUGCAGAGAACCCUGAAAGAAAAUGAAGAAAUGAUUGAUGCUAAACUUCAUCGUGUUUACAUCAAACUCUAAUGAACCUGAUCGAUAAUGAGCUCAGGUUAAAUCUGUCAAUACUGCACAGCACAUUGAAAACACGCUAACAUGAACAUGUGGUGCUCCCGCCUGUACAUGUCACAUGAUAUUGAUGUCUCCCUGCCCUCUGUUCACCCUUUUGUUCCUCACUCAGAUUUCUAUCUUGAUUUGACGAUCUUUUGUCGUGUUUUGUUCUGAUUUCUUUUUGGUUGGAUUCUGUUUCGUAGCAUUCCAUGUCCCGUUGUCACCCACCGAAGGUAUUUGUUUGUUUACUUUCACUUUUAGCGCUUCAUUCUGAUUUCAAACCCAUCCACCUUUUUUUUGUGCUCAGAGCGUAGAUGUUUUGUUUCUUCCUCCUCGCUCAUUUUGAUGGUAUCUAUGUCUUCAGUCCGGCCCGGCAGCGUGAGGAACAUCAUCCAGCAGUUUGAGAAUAACACGGAGACGGGGGAGGAGGGAGGGGACGCCUCGGACCCUCAGAGGCUCUCCACCAGCAGCCUUGGAGAGGACAGCAUGGACAGGUGGGUCUGAGGGUAGAAGUUUCAAACUCUUCUGGAUCAAGUUUUUACAGAGGUUCCUCUUUGCACAUGCAGCAUUGAUAUUUUUCACUUCAGAGUCAUGUCUGUUUUUAGUUCCUUGUCGCCUUUUUGUGCAAAGAUUCCUGGUUCUUUACUAAAAUAAACCAAUAAAAGCAAACUUUAAAUUCUUCUCUCUCUCGCAGCCCGACAGUCUCCGUGCGUCUGGCUCGUAGCGAGUCCCUGAAAGCCCACGGAGAAGGCCGUCGACGGGGCACCGCCUCGGGAGCCGAGUCCGUCCCUCGCUCUCGCAGCGACGUGGACAUGGAGGACUGCGGGGAGGAGAGGGAGGGUCCGGGGCUCAGGCCGCUGCAGCACAGCACCUCGUCUUCGGCGUCCAGCAGCUCUGCACGGUACAGACUCGUUCAGUCCUGGAGGCGGUUUCUCUUUCAGACUGCAUCAACUUUUUUCAAACAGAAUUUCCCAAAUGUCUAAAAAAGACGUUGAAAAGAAUGUUUAGAUGAAGAUUAUCAGCUCAGAGGAAAUCAAAUCCCCUCGUUUAAUGAAGGCUUCACGCUCUCUCUCACACUCAGGUCUCUAGAGAACCCUACACCCCCAUACACUCCUCGGUCUAGACGCAGGUGAGUUUCCUCGUCCUCCCCAGAGUUGGUCAGCGGUUAGUGUCAGUAAAGCUAACUAUAAUCAUGUGGAUCUGCGUCAUUACACCCUCCAAAUGAAAUCAGUCAAAGAGGUUUUUGAGUUACGCCGCUUUCUCGUCGGCAUUCACACCCGUGUUUCUCUUCCUUGCUGCGCUUGUGACUGCAGGAGCAUGGAGUCACCGCUGGCUCUGCUGCCGGACGCUGCGGCGCUGGAAGACGACGUGUGUGAACUGAGUCUGAACUGGCAGGACACGGUACCCCAUCAUCUCCUCUCCAGCGUCACCUCGAGGGAGGUGGACAGACAGGCGGUCAUUUACGGUACGUGUCAAGAACAGCAACUCCAUACUGCAAAUACAGGCUUCACAGUCUGAUAGAUGAUGACUCUCUUUCUUUCUGGUAUCCUCAGAGCUUUUCACCACAGAGGUGUCCCACCUGCGGACCCUGAGGGUGCUGGAUCAGGUCUUUUUCCAGAAGAUGAGGUCCGUGCUGAACUCUGAGGAGCUGGCCUGCAUCUUCCCUAACCUGCCUCAGGUGUACGAGCUCCACGGUCAGUCUGCGAGUUCAUAUUUUACCUCCGUCAAAUUGAGACCGUGUCAGGCUGCUGAAGCUCUUAAAUGUACAAACCCCUGCGUCUCCUGCCUUUGCACUUCCUGUUUGCACAAUACGUUUGAAGUCAACGUGAGUUCAGAGCUCUGUGCUGCUGUGUCAAUAAUAAUAAGUGAAGCAAAUACCGAGCAGAGGUCAUAAUCUCUGCCUCCAGUUUGACUGAGUCAAUAUGUGUCUUGGGCUUUAAUUUAAAGCAAACCCCGGAGUAAAGAGGAAGACAUAUCUGCCACACUAGAGCAGCUGACUUCUCUUUGUGGAGUUUAUAUAAGAUCAUGUUAAUGUAGUGUCCUCGGUUUAUAUUUCAGCUGUUGGUAACUCUGCCUAUAGCUGCGUUUACAUGGGCACAAAUAAUCGGGAUAAAUGCCCGAUUGGAAUAAAAAUGCGUCAUGUAAGCAUGUUGAUCGGAAGAUUCUGAUCCAAUUCGGCUCAAUCGGAAAGAAAUUGUAUUCCGAUCAAGAGGGGUGGUUUAUGCCGAUCGUUAUUCCAAAAUGAGUCCAUGUAACACUUAUUCUGAUCGUAACCCUCUAACCUGACUCUGACUUCACUCUUUCUUUGUUGAGGUCAGUUCAGGAGGUUUCAUUAUUAACACAACCGCAGGUGCCGUGUCUGCUCCUCCGAUAACAUAACAAAGUGUACAUCCAGCAUAAUGAUGUCACAUCUUCACGCACAGCACAACCUUUGACAGAACAGUAAAAUAAGUGACGCAAGGGCGCCAUCUAGUGACAACAUUUAACAGAGGGGAACAUUCUAAACUGGAUGGAGUGAGCUACUAACGCAUUUGUUGUUUUGUUGACAGCACAGGCGUCAAUACAACUCUUCUUCUUCUGUGGUUGUUUUAGCGAAAUUAGACUAACUCUGCACAUGUGCAAAUGCGUCAUAUCUGAAUAAAACUUGGUGCAUGUAUACGAACGCCAUGAUCGGAUUAUUUGAUUUUGCGCCUAUAUAAACAGUGGAUUCAGUUUUUUCCGAUCCCUCAAAUUUUUAAUCGGAUUAAGAAAUUUUGCACGUAUGAACUCGGCUACUGUUUUGUGUCUUUGCAGCAAGUCUGUGCGAGGCGAUGAAGAAGCGGAGAGAAACACCCGUCGUUCAGCACAUCGGGGACGUAAUGCUGGCCAGGGUGAGCGGGAUCAUCUUUAGCAUUAUCGUUAUUAUCAUGAUUCGUUGAGUUCGUCGGCACGCUAACGGUUUUAUGUGUUCGUAGUUUGAAGGUGAAGCUGGAGACGAGUUUCAGGAACAAGCGUCUCAGCUGUGCAGCCAGCAGACUCAGGCUCUGGAGCUCAUCAAGAACAAGAAACGCAAAGACCCGCGCUUCGCCAGCAUCAUCCAGGUAAACACGCGCACGCUUCAGCGCCUGAUGUUUUCUUUGACAUCGCAUCUUGAAAUUUGAAAUAGAGAGAAUGAUGUUUCACCGUCACCAUGGCGUUCUCCCUCAGGAGUGCGAGGCGAGUCCCCACUGUCGGAGGCUGCAGCUCAAAGACCUGCUGGUGUCAGAGAUGCAGAGACUCACCAAGUACCCUCUGCUGCUGGACAACAUCAUCAAACACACAGAGGGUGAGACAUCGGCAGAUCACAACCGUCGAUACGGACGAACGUGCAAAAAAAACAAAAUAUGUUUGUGUUCUUGUUUGCCGUUUAGCCGGUUCGUCAGACCUCCCCUCGCUCCAGAGCGCCCUGGUGUGUUGCCGUGGGAUACUGCAGGUUGUGAACGAGGUUGUGGGGGAAACGGAACAGCGGCAACGACUCAGCCAGUACCAACGCAGGCUGGACGCCGCCCCUCAGUUCAAGGUAGUGGUUUGUGCGAUGAGUGUGUUUUCUCUUUGACUCAUUCAGACACGAUAGACGAGCUGAGCUGCAAACAGUCUUUUGCUGCAGUUGUGUUUGAUUUGACUCGUCUCUCUUGCAGAGUUUGGACCUCACCACUAAGAGAAUGAUUCACGAAGGUCCUCUGACGUGGAAAGUCAGCAAAGACAAGCAGAUCGGUCUGUAUUUGAUGCGUCCCGUAUUCCUGCGCGAAGAAUCAUCAGAUUCAUGUUGUACUUAUCUUUCGUGCACCUCCUCCCUCCAGAGAUCCAAGCGCUGCUGCUGUCAGACUGCCUGGUCCUCCUGCAGCGGGGCCCCGACGACCGGCUGCACCUCAGGUACCCGUCUCGCUGGCUGGGUGGAGGCGGAGGAGGCAGCGGGGACAGCAAGACCUCGUUCAGUCCUCUGGUGAAGCUGGACUCGCUGCUGGUGCGCUCAGUAGCCACAGGUACGAAUGUCGAAGCUGGUAUGAAGAAGAAGUCAGCGGAAUUUAUUUGAUGGGGAGGAAUUGACGUGCGUGUUUUGUGAUUUCCCUCCAGAUAACAGAGCUCUUUACGUCAUCAGCACCACAGAGAGGCAGAUCUACGAGCUAGUCGCCGGGACAUCGUCAGAGAAAAACACGUACGCUCUUUUCUAGAUUUAUGCUGCGUUCCUGUUGCCUCAGAAGUCUGAGCUGAAAAUAUUGUCACACCUGAGUUUCCAGCUGUUUGGUUACCAAGUCAGAAAAACGCAAAAUCAGAGGCGGAAACACGAUGGCUACAUCCAUGAAAGUUAUGUUAGCGCUUGUCCUGUCCGAAUACAAUGUAGCCAUCCUGUUUCCUGCUUUUUUCCGACUUGGUUACCGAAACGCUGGAAACUCAGGUGUGACGUCAUUCUCAGCGCCGACAUCUGACUUCUGAGGAAACUCAAAUGCAUAAUUUCUUUUCGAAGUCCCACCCUCUCUUCUGUUUUAUCCUCUCCUCUCAGAAACUCAAACAUUUCGAUUCUUGUUUUGCAGCUGGAAAGAUUUACUUGAAAAGACGAUCUCGAUGGCCGGAGGUUCAUCACCCCUGAUCAAUCACGGAUCCAUGCGUCUCUCGUGAGUUGGAUGAAUUUCUUUAAACAGAUAUAAAGGAACAUGUCCUGUCUUUUCCAGAAGACAUCUUCUCACUCUGUGUGUUGUGUUUUUGUUUUCCACAGCUCUCGUAGUCUCGGUAGCGCAUCUCCGGUGUCCACUGGCAGCAACGUCUUUACAGGUAAAAGCGAAAACCUACUGAUCAUGGUGACCUUGUCUGUAAUCAUGAAAACAGAAGAUUAAUUUCAACCUGUCGCUGUUUUGAAACUUCUAGAUAACUCUAUGACGGAGCAAUCAGAGAGCCACUCCUCAAACGACGACAUCAGGCUCUCAGCGGCGACGCCUUCAGGCCAAUCAGAGAGGAAAUCCGCCUGCGUGGCUGAGGCGGCUUUACAAGAUGGUGAGAAGGAAUCCGAAACAACCGAACACACUCGGAUGAUUUCAGAGUUAUUGAGCGUGUUUUCUGCUGCGUCUUAUUUUUCAGUCGAGACGCUCCGUCAGCUCAUCAUUCGAGAUCUGGAAGAGGACGGUUGGAGCCACGAUUCGGACGACACGCCCACCAACGAGACGGCCAACGAAAGGAACUCAUUCAGCGAGAGGCAGCGGCCCGAGUCUCUGGAGACUGUGCUCAACUUCAGCACCAACGAAUGGGAGGCCGAGCCUGAGGACGCCCCGCCCACAGAGGCGGAGCAACCGAGCGUUCAGGUGGUGAGGAAAGGUAAGAGGAUGGAGAUGGAUGAAUCGGUUUGAGAUCCUCGAGCUGGAGAAGAUCUUCUACUUUUUGGGCUCAAAUCUGUUUUAUUUUUUUAACGGCGGUCUCUCUCUGCAUGUUCUCUCUCCGCACUUUUGGUGAUGGAUUAAUUUGUUUUUCUUUUGUCCGCUCGCUCCUCACCACACGAUCACGCACUGAUCCCACACGGGCUCUCUCACCCUUUAACUCUCUUUUCCUCCGCGCACACACACACACUCUUUCCUUUGUCACACUUCUAUCCUCUUUGCAUAGCUGUGGGUGCGGGUCCUCCUUCUUCUUCUUCUUCUGUCCCUGAAGACAUCACUGAUGAUGUCUCCGACCAAUCAUCAAAGCCGAGAGGCGGGGCCACUGCACAGGGUAAUCAUGACUUAAUUGGUCAGGUGCUGUCGUUUUUAUCAAAGAUUUUUAUCGUAGAAUUUAAAAGUUGAAAACCAAAGUUUGGUAUUUCGUUAAAUUGAUCUCAUAUUUCCCUUCAGAGUUCCUAACAGCGUCUUUCCCCCCACGUUCCUGCUGCAUAGGGAACACUUUCUACCUGGUCAUGCCUACAGAGCAAGGAGAGAGCGUCACCGACGACCCCGAAGACCCGCCAACCCCCGUCGCCACCCAUUUCCCUCAGACUCUAGAGGACAUGCUGCCCCAGACGCAGCCGGAAGAGAGGGAGACGCCCGUCUGCGGGCAAGAAAGCGACCAAUCGGAGGCUAUGCAACAGGAACAGAACGAGGAUGAAACGGGCCAAUCACAGGCGGGGCACCAGAGUCACGUGAUCAAAAAUGUGGAUGAGAUUUUUCACACGAUCGAGGGGUUGAUGAGCAAACUGCGCCAGCUGAAGGUGAGGAAUGAGCGCAGACUGUAGCGUUUGUUUUGUUAUCAUGUGAGUGAUGUCUUAGUUUGUUUGCUUUUCAGACACUCGUGAUGGGAAGAACAGUUCUUUGGACUGGACUGAAUCUUUAGAAGCCGUUCGAUGAAAUGAUUCGUUCAAAUGAUUCGUUCGCUGAAUCGGUCAGUGCUUCGGAGUACACGAGCGAGUGACACAGUGGCGCUGAUCGGGAGUUCGUUCGUUAACUGAGCCCCUCCCCUCCCCUGCUGCUGAAGUCACAUCGUCGUUCACUAGGUGUCACAUGUCGUUCAUUCGCCAAGCUGUGAAGGAAGAAUCACUCCCCUGCCCUGAAAAGCUCAACUCUCUGUGUGCCGCCGACGUUCCCAUCAACACAACAACAGAGCAGCAAGCAGCACGCCCGCUAAACGAGCGCGAGGCGUCGUUCUUUUAUAUGGCGGAAAAGUGGAGAGAUUAAAAUUAAAUAAACAUAGCAGCUCUAGCGGGGAUUCCGAUACUUUUUAAAAGAUAUCAAAUAGCGUAUUGCUUUAAAUCGGCUGAAAUUGAAUCCUUCUUACAGGAAAGUUUAUAGACAGCAGAGCAGGGUUUGUAUUCCUGCAUAAACUUAUGACCAAUAACCGAAUGAUAUUCGCGGUCACGUGACUUCCGGUUCCAUUUUCUGGAGCGAUUAAGUUUGUCCUUUGUGAACGCAAACCGGACCAGUUAAACAAUCAAAACAAACGUAUCAGGAAACGGACCUUUAGGUGUGAACGCGACCUUAGCCUACGUUCAUCCUCACAGUGAAGGAACCGGUGCUCGGCAGUUCGUGAUCAACGCUACGCCUCUCUGCCCGUCUCAAGUCGUUCAUUUCGUUUGCAGUCUGACUGAUCAGUUCCACUCCCGACCGGCACGACACGCUCGCGCAGCUGAACUGAGAAAGGAACGAAUCAGGUCUUGGAGUCGUCGUUCACCCAACAGUUCCUUUUGGACGAAACGUUCAUGAACGACAAAACACUAUCAGACACACAUACCUGCUCCUCCUCCUGCUCUCCUCUCUCUACCUGAUCAUUUCGUACCAUAACUGUUGCUCCUCUGUCUCUACAGGAGAUCGAGAGGGCCCAUCACAAGCUUCUCAAAACCCUCAGAGAGCCGUCUGUCAAUCAGGAGUCCGAGGAGCAGCAGUGCCACUCCGCGACCGUCUCCAGAACACCGUCUCUGGAUCGAGGUUCGAUAGACGGUGAGAUUGUUCAGAAUAAUCUUUAAAGGCAAAAACGACUCCUGAGAGAUCCGAUCUUAACGUUUUUCAUCUUUCAGGCAAGGAAGGGAAUCCAGCUGAACCCAAGAUCCAGUCCACUGGAUUCUGAUAUUGAGAGAGGGAUGAACUCAUUGUUGCUCGUACGGACAGACACUGUCCGACUUGAGCAGCUCAGCCACGCCCCCUUCUCCUCCCCCCUUUUUUGCCCCUCCUCCCUGCAUGCACUGACUAGCAGAACAGAGCCCAGGAUGGACCAUGACUCUUUCUUUUUUUCCUUUCCUUCCUGUAUUUGAUUGUUUUCUGCUGGCCGGACUCUGCGGGAUUUCUCAAGUCUGCUAAAAACCUCUGAUUCUUCCAGAGCAUGAAGGGGUCCAGGACGGAGCGAGGGAGAAAAAAGAAAAGUAUGAAGGAACAUAAAAAAAGUCGAGCGAAGAAGAGAAGGGAAACGGAGUUGGAAGUAUUGAAAGUGUGGAAACAAAAAGACGGAGGUGGAUAUUCGUGAAGGAGGAUUGUGUCGUACGUGACGCUUUAAAGAGCUGGUGUGAAGGAGCGGAGCAGAAAAGUGUUGAAAUGUUAAUUUAAGGAAAAUCCAAGGGACCCAUCACCCCUGCACUUUACCCACAAUGCAUCCCCCUCUGUGUUGGACAGAUCAGGGACUGGAGACGCCACCGGCUUUACAUUUGAGCCAAGAUGGCCUCUGCUGGGGGUCCCCUCCCCUCUUGCCUCCACUGGAUGCUUUACACUGAGUUCACCUGCCACCACGGCCGAAGGACUGUGUUGUUAAUAUUCAGGUUAUUUGCACUGGGUAAGGAAACCAAUAUCACACACACACACACACUUUUACACACACACAUAUCAUUUAACCAAUUCAUUCAUCUCAAGCUUUGUUGACGCCGGGGACAGCCUCACGAACAUACCCUUAAACCUUCAUUUAAGCUACAAAACGACUGUUUCCAAGCUUCAGUGUGACGGUCUCAUCUUUAAAUGCAUCAUUUUUGUUUUUUGUUUUUUUUUAAAGUCUGUAAACACUACUGCGCUGUUUACUACUGAAAUGCUGGCGGAUUUUUCUUUUUGUUUCUCAGAGGCGUACAGGGAUUUCAUAAACAAGCUCAGUGGAUUCACUCACAGCCGAUCUGAUCCUGACAAGUUUUCAGGAUUUAAGGUAUUUUUAGGGGUGGAAAGUUCCAGACAGGCAACGGUCAGACAAACACAGAUCCAAACUCUGGAAACUUGAAUUUUUCGCUGUUUAUCGCUCAAUGAAAUAGCUGCCAAAUAUCAUCGCCGGUCUUCACUUUAACACUCGACUGUGCAUCUUGUAGCGGAUUUUGUGUGUAGAUACCGCUGUUGAUACUGUGAACCAGCAACUCUACCCCUUCCCCCCAUCCAGUGGUCGUACCGUAUGCAGUGUUUAUAUCCGUGUAGCCCACAUCCAAAGCAGCGAAAGGACUGUGCUCUUUACCAAGUAGCUUUCCACAGAGAGAGGAUUCCUGGAUUCCUGUUUUUUAAAGGGAGAAACGAACAAACAUGCGGGGUCCAAGUCAGAAAAAACUGCCAGCUCUGUCAUGGCAGUACAGUACAAGUGAAGCUAAAAUUAGCUAAAAGGAGUAGGUUGACAUUUUGGGAAAUGUAGUUUUUAAGAACGACCUCCACUACUCGUGUAUCUGUUCAAGAAAUACGAGGCUACGACUAGCUUGGCCGUCGCUAGCUCAGCUUUUACAGUUCUUGUUUUAUUUGGAAAACAGAUUUAUUCAAACAAUACAAGAAACACAUUUUGACAAUCCUCUAAAAUUAAAUCGUCACAUUUAAAGACCCAGUGAGGGACUUUUUGUUUGUGUCAGUUUUGGCGCCCCUUGUGGACAAAGCAGUACUUUUAAUCCAAGUAUCACCUAUAUCUUUAAGAUAGUCGGGUAGUCCAUCUUGACUCUUUUCGGUGCCGUAGUUGUGACAGCUAGCUACAGUCAUGGAGGAGUCAGUCAAGUAGCAUCGUCCGCUGUUGUAAUGAGCAUUGACGUUCAACCACUAAACAAGACUGUUAAUAAGUCGAACUUCUUUUCAGAUCUAUUUUGAGGGGGAAAAUCUUAUAUUAGAAUAUUGUGCUGCUUUAAUUGGGCCGUUUCGCUAAACCAGUUCAAUCAAAACUAAAAAAAAGAGAAAAAAAUCUUUCGCAAACAUUUAGCUGUUUGAUAUCGAGCAAGCUGUUUCCCCGAUUUGGUCUUAAGGCUAAGCUAAGCUAACAAACCACAGCGUCAAAUUCCAGACUUGAUACCCAAGGUGUGGUGGUGUCCUCUAAAAUUAAGCAACUAUUAAAGGUUUCUUUCCCAAAAUAUCAAACUGUUCUUUUAUGCGGUCAAAUUAUGAAGCUACUAGACAUUCAUGACAUUAAGAGAUGGGUUUUUUUUUCUUCUUAUGUUGUAUCUUUGAGGCAUGUUUAACAAGCAGAAACUGACACUAAAGCCAAGUUCAUAUUUCUUUAUUUCCUAAACUCAGACGCUGUUUUCCGAUACACAACACACACAAACGUCUUUAUGUAAACUCUCAAGCCUGGUUUAUACUUCUGUGUUGACUCUACGCUUGUCAGUGCAAAGUCUGUCCUCUGUCGCCAGUUUGCGGUUCCUCCUUGUUUGUUUACGGCGACUGAACCUGAGCGACACGGCGGCAUAAACCAGGCUUAUCUUGGAAAGUUUCUCUCAAAUAGGUUUUUUUUCAUGUUACUUUCUUUAUUCCUUUCAUUGAGCUGGGAGAAAUCACACAGACUGAAUAUUAUUUGAGCUGGUUUCAAAUACUAACACAGAGGUGCUUAAGUGAGUUACUGAGUUUUUCUUUUUUUACUUUCUUUAAAACGUAACAGAACCAAACACAGAGCCAGGUUCAUUCACACACUACAUACAUCUGAUUUUACCACUAAAGACAAUAAAUCAUCACCUGACAGGAGGGUUCGUCCUCUUCACUCGACACUCGCUGAUGUAGCCGUAACUUUUACAGAAAAAAAAAGGAAGAAAUAAGAGUCACUGAUCACUUACAUGAGGUGAUCCGAGGGAAUGAUCCUGUAUGAACUUGAGGAAUUUGUUCAAAAGUGAAAAAAAAAAGUUCAACCAAAGUGAAAUAUCUCUCCUGUGGGGUUGAAGGGAACAGUUUCUUUUUCUUUAUCGGACUCGGUAAGCCUUUCUUUUGCACCUCCCUUCUUUUUAAAGACAGCAUUUUUCAUCUCAGAUUUCUACCUCUACACUUCGGUUUCUUUGCAUCGACAUUUAAUUUUGUUCAUACGUUUCUCUUGUACAUUGACAUCAGCAUUGUGGCUCGAACCCCCUUAAAAAAGAGAAAAAAAAACUACAACUGAUUCCUUUUUUUUAAGAAAAGUUGCACAAACAAACAAACAAACUUCCUGCAUGGUGCAAACUACUGUAUGCAUACACACGUCUCAUCUCAUUGUCUUUUAAUUUGUGUUUUUUUUUUUUUAAGAAAAAAACAAAAAAAUCUUGUUCACUCAUGUAAUAUAGAAAGAUCAGACCCACCUGUUUUAUAUAUGUUCAUUUUUUUCUGUAAAGCCUUAGUCCCUGUAUUUGAUUUUAUUUUUGUAGAUAUGAUUUUAAAAAAAAAAGGAUGUAUAAAUUAUUUUCUUCUCCCUCGUUUUUAAAAUUGGUGAGAUUGUUUAGCUGCACAGAUGGAAAAAAAGAGCUCAUGUCUCAGAUUCAUGUGUUUGUGAGAUUAAAAAGAAACUGGAUAAUGAAAA